AAGGCCUGUGUUUGUAAUUUCCAUUUGUGAAGGGGGGAAAAAAUAGAGAGAGAGAGAUCCAAAAAAAACCAAGAAAGGCAUAGAGAUGGGAAGGGCUCCUUGUUGUGACAAAGCAAAUGUGAAAAAGGGUCCAUGGUCUCCUGAAGAGGAUUCUAAGCUCAAACAUUACAUUGAAACAUAUGGAACUGGUGGGAAUUGGAUUUCCCUUCCUCAAAAAGCUGGUCUUAGAAGAUGUGGGAAGAGCUGUAGAUUGAGAUGGCUUAAUUAUCUUAGACCCAACAUUAAGCAUGGUGAAUUUUCAGUUGAGGAAGAUAGAAUCAUUUGUACUCUUUUUGCGACCAUUGGAAGUCGAUGGUCAAUUAUUGCUGCUCAAUUGCCGGGGAGGACAGAUAAUGAUAUAAAGAACUACUGGAAUACAAAACUGAAGAAGAAACUUCUGGGGAUGGUAUCAUCAUCUUCUUCUUCAACUAAUACUUACAAUUAUAGUACUCCACAGGCAGAGAUUAUUAAAAAGACUGAAUGUUUAUCACCAAAAUCCCAUCAAAAUCCUUCCUUUGAUUAUCAACCACUCUCCAAUAAUAAUAUUAUAAACUACUAUGAACCAUUAUCCACUAAUUCAAUCCCAUUAUUCAACUAUUGUAACCCAAUUAGUAGUGGCAGCUGUUUGCUCACCAACCCAUUUGACCAAAAUUUUUAUGAAACCCUAAAACCAAACCAAAUGCAAAUGCAAAUGGGGUUUGAAUUAGAAGUUAGUGGGUUAAAUUCAAUCAAUUUCAAUAAUGGGUUUGAAGAGAAGAUGAUGGUGCAGCAGCAGAUGAACAACAGCAAUAAUAAUAAUCAAGGGUAUAUUGGUAAUUGUCUUGAAGGAAAUGUAAUGAUGAAGGAGGAGGAAGAGAUGAUGGAGCAAAAGAAGAAGAAGAAAAGAGAAAUAAUGGAAGAGAAGUACUACUGAUGGGGUGAAGUUUGAGAUUCUGACUACUGACUGUAAGUGUAAAAUCAAGAAAGAUUUGAUGGGGUAUGGGGGGAACUGCACAAAAAUGACUUUCAAUAUUUAUUGGGUGUUGUGUGUGUGUGUGUGUUUUUUCUUUUUUUUUCUCUUUUUUGAGAUAAUUGGGAUGAAAUGAAAUAGUUUGUUUAAUUUGUUUCUAUAUUUAAUUUAUGAUUAGAAUUUAGAGUAAUUUGAGGCUAUUUUAAAUUUCAUUUUUAAAAAA